AGAACACAAGGUGACAGGGGAGAGGAGCAACGGUGUCUUUGGCUUGGAACUCUUCUCAGAUGAUCCUUGUGUUCAUAAGCCACAAUGGUGAGGAGAAAGAUGCCUGUGGGCCAUCAUGAGCAUUGCGACAAGUGUUACAAUGUCCACUGCCAAGUCCCGGUGCAGAUCUCCGUCUCAUGCAUGGUCGUCAAGUGUCUUCAUAACUGUGGCGCCACCUUCCACAUGUGCAAGCAGGAGGAACACCAGCUUCUCUGUCCCAAUGAAGCAGUCCCCUGCCUCAACGUCCACUACGGUUGUCCUCUUACCAUCCUGCGCCACAGGCUGGCCAGACACCUGGAGGUGUGUCCUGCCUGCGUGGUCUGCUGUUCUCAGGAGUGGAACCGCUGGCCUGUUUCAGAAACGGAUCUGGCCUUCUGCAAAAGUGUUUCGGAAGGCCCUCAAACUGAGGUCAGCCUGGAUGUUGCCAUUGCUCUGAGGGACCAAGAGCUGCUGUUUCGAUCCAUCAAAAUGAAGAACAUCUUCCCUGAGUUGAUGGCGGGGGAUUCUGCCCCUCAGGCUGGUUCUGCUGGGGUCAACAGUCCUACAGAUGAAGCAACCUGUUCUUUAGAUUGUGGUGAAUUUACAGAAAAUGUCUGCACAAGGAUGGAGGGAAAAGGACUGAGUCAAGAGGAGAGGGAGGCUUUGGCAAAGAGCCGGGACGUGGAUGGUAUACAGAACUACAGCUCCUGGGAGAAAAUAUUCAACAAGGAGAUGGAGGGAUGCAAGCAAACCGUGAACAACUUGAACAAGAAGGAGAAAAAGGCAAAGGAAGAGCAAGAAUCAUCAAACCGCCAGGGGGAGACAAGAGACUCCCACCUGAGCCGAGAGAACGCUGCCGACGCUCCGAGAAUGGACGGCACAACUGGCCUUGCGCCAUGGCAAGACGGGGUCCUCCAGCGGUUGAGCCGGGAAGUCAACAUCGCUGAGUACAACAUGUACCUGGCGCACAAUGGGGCAAUGUUGAUUGACUUUGGCCAACUUGCAGCUUGCACCCCGAGAGAAAAUGAUUUUGUUUAUGGGAAACUGGAGCCCAUCGCGGUUCAAACCAUCCGCUCAUUUAUUGCUCCAACUAGCUAUCGAGCAAAGCGCAAUUACCUGACGCGUCAGAAGGUCAAGACCAAUGCCAGCGUUGACACGGCAGAUUUGGGUAUUUCGGUCAAGGAUCUCCCAAAGUGCGACGAGGUCAGCGCCACGCUCCUGCACUCCCUGGAAAGCGAACUGAGAGGGCAUUUAAUCUCUGAGAGUGCGGGGAGCGAUGGUCUUUACGUAGAUAUAGGAACGCAAACGUACAACUUUGCCUCUGCGCCGUUCAAAACAGAAGCAACGCUUGCUGACGUCAUCGCCGACAAACCCCGCGGUCUUCAUGUGCAGGUAGAAGCCGAGUCUGUCACCAGAAGACACAACAAAAGAAGUUCAGCCUUUAGCUACAUGUGUGGCCACUUCUUUCGGCGAGAUGAAUACCGCUCUCAUUUCAGGAAUGUGCACUGUGACAUACAGGCCUCUCUGAGCGGCUGGUUCCAACAACGCUGCCCCUUGGCGUACCUCGGCUGCGCUUUCACCCAGACGAGGUUGCACCCUGCUGGUCAUCGAGCCACCGUCAAAUUCCGCCAAGAGGUCAGCGCCUUUGUCCUCCAGCCAGAUGUCCCUUCAGUCCUCCGUGAAGGCGGGGAAACCCCCAGCCCUCAGAGAAGUGGCACACACAAUCUGGAUCCCCUGAGCGGAUUGCCCCUGGAGAUCCUUCAGCACAUUGCUGCUUACCUUGACAGUUUUACAUUAUCGCAGCUGUCCCAAGUCUCCCAUCUGAUGAGAGAGGUGUGCGCCACGUUGUUGCAGGAAAGAGGGAUGGUGUCUCUCCAGUGGAAGAAAAAGACAUAUUCCCACGGGGGAAGCUCCUGGAAGUGUCGAAAGAAAGUUUGGGAGUUCAGCUCUCUGUUUUCUUCUGUGGACAAAUGGAGCUUCAGCAACACUCCUUCCAUGUCAGAUCACCUGAAAACCUGCUCCUUCUACCAGAGAGAGGAGCACACUCAGCCGGUGGCUUUAGCCGGCCUGGGAGAGGUCACAGACAAACAUGGAGAAAUAAUGAGCAAAAGAUAGCGCUCGGGGUCCCAGAGCUCAGUGGGCGGACCGAAACGCGAUUGAGGCAGCGUUUGGAAUCACUCAGACGUGAUGUGAAUCCUCUGCAUGUACAGCUGCUCCAUAGAAAUAGAGCUCCAUAGAGCUGAAGCCCUGCAGACAUAAACUAAACAUAUGAAUAAUUCACUUUGGCAUGAACCGCAAGAAGAUUUUGAUGUUGACUUAUUUAACCAAUAUUUUCUUGUAAUGUAAUUUUGCCUGUUAGUAGGGAAAAUGCUUAAAGAUGGCUCUGUUUAUGCGGUGUUAUUAGGAGUUGAUUGAAACUUAGAUAGUCCCUCUGAGAACACUAACUUCACAAAAGUAUGGCUGUGGUGUUUGAGAGGGGUCAUCAUAUUCGGUGUUGUCAGAUCAUUUGCUUUUGUUUGGCGCACUGAGCUGACGAGUGUUGUCUGUCCCAACUUGUUUCAUUCUUGUGGUGAACAGCAUCAUUUCAAAGAAUCCAGGGCAGCAGAUGUUGCUCUUGUUUGUUUUCAGCAUGACAAGACUGACAUCUACUGGAGAGAAGCUGAAGUACCUCAUCUGUGUGGAGUGGAGACGCAUCACACAGGAACAGGACAUGUCCUAUUUAAGCACAGCAGCGCAUGAGGACACGGACAACUUUGUUUCAAUUUAGACUAUCUUAAAGGAGAAUGAGAGCAAAUGACGUAUGUGUGUCACUGUCAUAUACCUGACAAUAAAUGUGCCUUGCAA